AUGGCUGCGGUCAUAGCACCAAUCGAAUUGCCCACGGGCAGGCGCUCCUAUUUGAAUCCCGCGCCAGGACCCGACAUACAUGAUCCCAACUGGAUUCCAGUGUUAGAUGGUGCACAGUACAAACCACCCUCACCAUCGGUAGAGAAAGAAGUCUUGCCCUUUAGCCCCUCUGCCUCGUUUUCUCUGUUUCCGAUUCAAUCGCAAACCACCUCGCCGAAACCUCGACCACCUCUGUCACACAACUACUCCAAAAGCUCGCUCGCUCCUGAGAGCACAGCAUCGGAUUCCACAUCACAAAGUCCCAGUGAUAACGUUGAGCCACUGCCCUCACUCUCCAGCUUAGUGGACCAGGCCCAGGGCGAUGCGGGGGGAAACCAUCGCCGGAAGACUUCGCUUGGGUCGAGGUCAACAGAAGAGAAGAUUUCAGUGGGCAGAGAUACGCCUGUAGGGGAUGUCACGAGCGCACGGAGUACGGAGGAGAGUCUGAGUGUAGCCGAAGAGCGGCCAUUCGCACGUCCAGGGCAACAUGAUGGUCAAACAGGGACGAGACCAUCAACGCCUUCAGGCCGAAAGACUGUAGUGCUCCCGCCGACGUCAAAAUACAACCGUAAGCCAGUGGCUUCUGUCUCUACCGUUGCGCGACCAUCGUUCGCGGCGAGCCUGCCCCAAACGCCUCAAGACUCUCCACGAUUGGGCCCUACCAUACCCACCACCACUCCGUCGACACCGCUAUCUCAGGCUCCUCCGUCCCCGAGACUCGUACCGGCUGAUCUACCACCUCCUCCGCAGCAGCCAGAAAGCGUGCCGAAACUCCAUCCCAUGAAAUCGUCCGCCUCCGAACGUCGUCUACGUGCUUUACACUCUCACCCGUCCAACAUUUCGCUCCGGUCUCCGCGUAACUCGACUUCCGACGAUGCAGAGAUUCCAUCGAAACCUCAGUCGGUGCGCAAGCCAAGAAAAUCCACCGACUCACGCGCAACGACGAGGUCAGCCAUAUAUGAUGCUCAGAUGCCAACUCCAGCACCCACUACCCCGCUGCCACAGUUACCACCCGAAGCCUGGCGUCCACCUACUCGGGACAACAAUGCCUCGCAAAACUCAACGCCCGCUUUGCCCAGUGAACCUUUCUUGCGGGCCACCGAGAAAUCGGAAACGGCAUCUUUCAUGACGGAGAAAAAUAUGUUGGUGUUCAGGCGGUUCGACAAUGUCCAUGUCAAACUUUUGCGGUGCUUGCAAGAUGAGAUAUCACAACUCGAGAAGGAGCUGGCCAAGUUAGAAGACCCUACAACACCGGAUAACUCUGGCGACAAUUCGUCACAGAAGAUGCGCGUUCUGAGAGAAUUGCGAAAAGUAGUCGCUGAAUAUGAUCACCUAUUUACGGCGUGGAGCAAAAUGCAAGCCAACAAAGCAAGUGAGUCGACCACUCAAGACCUGAAGCAAUGGUUACAGAGACCUGGAACCAGUGCAGGAGCGGGCUUGGGAAUAGACGUACGUCAUGACAUGCAAUGGCUUGAGGAGAACAAGAACGACUUGAGCGCCAUUGACUUUAAUGAGAAGGAUGAAAUGUCGAAGAAACCAGCUUCAAAGUCUACCACGAGCAACAAUGGAGCCGCGUCAGGUUUUCUAUCAUUGUUUAAUUGCGCUGGAAAGAGGAAGUAG